GGAUGAUUUAAAACCGAGGAAGAGGAUUGUGCAUUAGAUCGUGAAUCAGGAAAGACUGUGAUGAUCAUUUUUGGUCAGAUCAUUGAACCUCUAGUUCAAGUAGGAUGAGGUCUUCUAAUUGCAGGACAGGUAAAAUGGAGUUUCUGUCCAGAGGGAAGCGACGCUGAAGACAAAGCUCACCAUUUUCUAGGCUCGGUGAUCCAGGUCAGACCGAGCGAACUAAAAUUAGUUAACCCCACAGGGUGCAAGGGUCAUCCUCAAGGGACAAUGUCAAGAAUUUGGACAUUGAGAGGGAGCGCUGAGUCGAACCGCUGCCCUUUUUUAAAAGAGCUGGUCAGGGUGAUUUUGCGCCUGAUCAGGUUGCUUCCUGGAUUCCUCCCAGUCGUGUCCGACAGGGAGACCCUGGGAAAGACCCACAACGGACUGGGAUGCAAUUUCCAAUUUGGUCUGGAAUGCCCUCAAGAUACUUUGGUGGAGGGAAGUCUAUGCUGCUUCACUUUAGCUGAAUACCACGAGGUCCGACUGACUGAUGACGACUUCACUUAGUAUUUUUGGAAUAUAAAGGUUUAAUCAUGAGGUUGGACUUCACCAAAAAAACACACAUUCCCGUAACGCCAGCGAUAAGAUGAGUAUUCCUUUAAACUAUUUGAAUAUUCACUUUGAUCCAGUGAUAACGACUUCUUCUUCUUCUUCUUUCUACUUUAAAGACAGUUUUGGACUUGAUGCUGCAGCUCCUGAGGCAUCUCCUCCCUCAGGUCAAGGUCGCACUUGAGGAGUGUUUAAAAAGCUCAGGGAAAGUGAGAGAAACCACACCAGUGAGGAGGAGCAGGAGGAGCAGGAGGGUGGAAGAGGAGGAGGACUUCUCCGGAGUGUGUUAAUUUGUAUUUGGGGUUGUGAUGUCUGAAGGGAGGGCCGGAUUAGUAAGCGGUGGUCCGUAGAGAGACACACACGGAGUCGGGUUUCAGCUCUGCGAGAGGCCCCGCGAGUCCAACUCACUGAAGCUGCCUUUGUUUGACUGGGGAACCAGAGAGAGAGAGAGAGAGAGGGAGAGAGAGAGCAAGAGGAGGAAGAGGAGGAGAGUUGAGAGGCUUUUAGUUUGGAGUGAGUGAGGGAGAGCAGCAGAGUGAGCUCCAUCUCGCUCUCUCUUUGCACAUGAGCAGGACAACUUUGUUUUGGAUCUAAGAUUUCCCACCGCUGACGACGAUGGCUUCACGCACUCCUCCCUGGUUCUUUGGAUUACUUCUGCUCGUCCUCCGGUUCUGCUGCCGCCGCUCCUCUGCCUAUCAGCUGCUGGACGACCGCGGCUCUCAGGGAGACUUGGACCUGACGGAGUUGAUCGGCGUCCCCCUCCCUCCCUCCGUCUCCUUCGUCACAGGUUUCGAGGGUUACCCCGCCUACAGCUUCGGCCCGGACGCCAACGUGGGCCGCCUCACAAAGUCCUUCAUCCCCGACCCGUUCUACUAUGACUUUGCCGUCACGGUCACGGCUAAACCUACCACGCGGCAGGGCGGCAUGCUGUUCGCCAUCACGGAUGCUUACCAAAAGAUCGUACACUUGGGUAUCGCACUGUCCGAGGUAGAGGAUGGCUCCCAGAGAAUCAUGCUGUACUACACCGACCCGGGAACACGAGGAACCCAGGAGGCGGCUUCCUUCAAAAUGGGAGACCUGACGGGAAGAUGGGCGAGGUUUACCCUGACUGUGCAGGGGGCGGAGGUGCGUCUCUACAUGGACUGUGAGGAAUACCACCGGGUGGCCUUCAGCAGGAGCCCUCAGCCUCUGACCUUCGAGGCCAGCUCAGGGAUCUUCGUGGGGAACGCCGGCGGCACGGGCCUGGCGAGGUUUGUGGGCUCCAUCCAGCAGCUGGUGCUCAAGUCUGAUCCCACGGCCCCAGAUGACCAGUGCGAGGAGGACGAUCCCUAUGCCUCUGGGUACGGAAGCGGCGACGACGCCUAUGAGGACGUGGAGGGACGAGACGAAGUGAAGAAGAUCGUGGAGGAGAGGGAGUACGACAUGCCCUUCCCGGACCCGUACCCCACUUACAGCACCCCGGUCCGAGCUCCGCCCACCGAGGUGACGCCAGGCGGUGACUACGACGAUGAAGAUACGGAGGAGACUUCUGGACAGGAGGUGGAGAUGACGGCAAAUACAGUAGAAUCCCCUCAGACCAGCACUCCAGCCGCCGUGACUGACACUUCCCUCCAGGUGUCUCAAGGCCAGAAAGGAGAGCGAGGUGAGCCAGGUCCUGCCGGUCCCCCAGGACCUGCCGGCCCUCCAGGAACAGCCUCGGGAGAUGGGAGUGAUGGAGGGCAGCCCGGACCCCGGGGUCCACAAGGACCAGAGGGGCAGCCAGGUCCACCUGGAGAUCCUGGAAGAGACGGGCAGCCUGGAAGCAAAGGUGAAGCUGGUCUCCCGGGAGCAACUGGGAUUCCAGGAUUUCCAGGACUACAGGGGGAGCCUGGUCUUAAGGGAGAAAAGGGUGAUCCUGGCGUUGGACUACCAGGCCCGCCGGGCCCUCCUGGACCUGCAGGUCUACCUCGGUCUUCCAUGUUCCUGGAGGGCUCAGGACUGGAAGACUUUGACAGUGAUGCAGAGAUCUUCAGGGGGCCUCCAGGUCCUCCAGGCCCUCCCGGACAGCCGGGGCUCCCAGGAACCCCAUCUGAGGACAUCUUACCUGGACCACCGGGGCCCCCUGGGAGAGAUGGGAAGGAUGGACAGCAGGGCGAACCUGGACUGCCUGGAGCUGAUGGGAAAGAUGGAGAUCCGGGACCCCCUGGGGAGAGAGGAGACAAGGGAGAUGCUGGUGUCAACGGGCAACCAGGACCAAAGGGAGAUCAGGGUCCUGCAGGGUUUCCAGGUCUACCAGGCCCAGAUGGUCCAGAGGGGCAGCCUGGUCCCAGGGGUCCACCAGGCCUUCCUGGGCCACCAGGUCCUCCAGGAAGGGGCUAUGCGUUCGACUUUGAGGACCUGGAGGGAUCUGGGAUGCUGAGUGGAUUUGGAGCUGUGCCCUCAGGAGGCCCACAGGGGCCUCCAGGAAUCCCCGGACUUGAGGGACCCAAGGGUAAAUCUGGUUUGGAUGGCCUCCCGGGGAAGCCGGGUGAAAAGGGGGAGCCAGGUGCUGCAGGACCACCAGGGUUCCCGGGCCUGGAUGGAGAAAAGGGGGAGGAGGGACUGAAGGGGGACAAAGGCGAUCUUGGACAAAAGGGAGAGGCAGGACGAGACGGGUUCAGUCUACCUGGCCCUCCAGGACCACCUGGACCACCGGGGCCUCUCAUCAACCUCCAGGAUCUCCUACUCAACGAUACAGACGGUGCCUUCAACUACUCAGGGAUUUUUGAAGCUCAGGGACCUGCUGGUCCAAAGGGUGACAUGGGGUUACCAGGAGUCAGCGGACCUCCAGGUCCUAAAGGUGAAAGAGGUGAGCCGGGGUUCAUGAUCGCAGCAGAUGGAUCCAUGACGUCGGGCCUGGUUGGUCCGAUUGGACCCAAAGGAGACAAGGGUGAUUACGGCGUAGCUGGACCUGCUGGAGUUCAAGGACCUAUCGGACCACCAGGACCCAAAGGAGAAUUUGGUUUUCCUGGAAGACCGGGUCGUCCAGGUCUGACUGGACCAAAAGGAGAGAGAGGGGACUCUAUAGGCCAGCCGGGACCUCCUGGUCCUCCUGGACUGCCGGGUCGCCCGGGAAUGUUCAACUGCCCAAAAGGAACAGUGUUCCCCAUCCCGCCCAGACCGCACUGCAAAAUGGCCAACUGUUCCAGGAUGGUUCUGAAACACACCUGCAUGCUGCAUGUCCAGUCUGGAAAGGUCAAGGUUCAGUGCCGAGACAGACACGAGCUCAAUCCUGAUGGAACCAUUGCGUUUGGUAACUGUCAGACCGCACCGAAAGGAGAAAAGGGAGAGAGAGGCCUUCCUGGGCUGCCGGCACCUCCGAACACAUAUUUUCCGAGGGGAGGCUUGGGGACAAAAGGUGACCAGGGAAUGAAAGGAGUGAAGGGAGACAAAGGGGAGGCAGGUUAUCCCGGGCAGCCAGGCGCCCCUGGGAGGCCGGGACCAGUGGGCCCCAAAGGAGACUCCAGGAUGGGGCCACCAGGCCGCCCCGGAGGACCAGGUAUCCCAGGUUUGGGCAUUCCAGGACGGACCGGUCCACCUGGGCCACCAGGGCCUCCAGGACCCCCUUCAUCAUCCUCAAGAUACGGCUCAGCCAUGACGAUCGUUGGCCCCACUGGUCCUCCUGGACCUCCAGGACCUCCCGGGCCUUCGGGUAACUCAGCAUCUCUGAAAACAUUUUCGAGCCGUGAGAUCAUGAUGCAGAACACCGCCAAGGACGCAGAGGGAACUCUGUCGUACGUCACAGCUACAGGAAGUCUGUUCCUCAAGGUUUCCCAGGGAUGGAAAGAGAUCCAGCUCGGCAGUCUGAUCUACCUCUCCAACAACAUCAUUCCACAAGAUGAGCCUCGAACUGCAUAUCAGAUACAAGGAGACACGAUGGAAAGGAUACGAUCUGUUAACGAAAGGCUCAACCUGGUCGCCUUGAACCAGCCCCACUCAGGCGGCAUGAUGGGGCUCGACAUGGCUGACCGGAUGUGCUACGAGCAAGCCAAGGCGAUGGGUUUGGCUCCGAACUACCGCGCCUUCAUUUCCUCCCACAGGCAAGACCUGGUCCAUGUGGUGUAUCCUGGUUUCAGGGAAACCCUGCCAGUAACCAACCUCAGGGGUGAUGUGAUGUUUAGGAACUGGCGGUCGAUUUUCACCGGCGACGGAGGGCCAAUCAGCGCGAGGAUACCCAUCUACUCCUUUGACGGCCGGGAUGUUUUAGCUGACCCCUUCUGGCCCCAGAAGAGCAUCUGGCACGGCUCCAGCAGCAGGGGUCACCGAGUGCCGGACAAACACUGUGAGACGUGGCGGGCGGACCACAUGUCGGUCACGGGCCAGUCGUCGAGCCUGACCUCGGGUCUGCUCCUGGGCCAGCAGACGCGGAGCUGCUCCAACCAGUACAUCGUCCUCUGCAUCGAGACCCACAAGAACAUUUAAAUCCUUUUCGUGUGCCACUCCACCAACGAAACCCAUCCCAGCCACCUCAACGCUCGCGGGGGGAAAAGAUUUGUCGUUUUCCGCACAUCUUCGGUGCUACGUGUAACAUUUUGAGGACCACAUUUAACACCCUGUUGCUAACAAAGACGAUGCUCCGAUGUUUCGUCAGCCAGAAGAUUAUUAAAGAGGAAAAUAAAAUACAAAACUCCACAGCCAAGAUAUAAUACGGGAAGGUAAGAUGAACUGGGGACAUUUUGUGGAUUCCAAUACAAAUACGCCUGUUUUUAAAGUAACAGCCCAGAAGACAUGUGACACUGAUGCUAAAAUCUCAAACAGAAUGAGGUAAAUGAUUUAUUGACAUCAAAAUGAUACACGCAGCACCUUUUACCUUCACUCAAGGACGGUCACCCAGGUGUGUUGAGGACAAGACGUCUCUGGGGAAAAAAAAAAAAAAAAGAAACCACCACAUUUCAGCAGCCGCCCCUGAAAUGUGGCGAUUUCUUUUUCUUUUUUUUUCUUUUUUUUUUUUACAAGUCGGAGAUUUCCAAAGAGGUUUGUGAUGGGAGCGUAAAGAGCUACUUUCACUGUAUUGUUUACAGGUUGUCGUGGAGAGUUUUUAAAAGUUUAUUUUGUUUGGUUUUUUUUUAGAAGUUUACUCAAUGUUUCAAGAGGGGGAAGUUUUGUUUCCGUAACUUACGCGGUCCCCUCGUCCAACAGCGGGAUGACCAGACAGCCAGUGUUGCCACCAAAGUAACUUUAAAUGCACUGUACUUUAUUUUCAAUCUAUUUUCUUCUUUUUUUAAAAAAAAAAUGUUCACGGUUGAAGGCGUCGUGUGUGUGGUAGCCUCUCAUCUUGGUGAUCUCACUCCUUUAGCAGCUCUAACUCUCAAUAGGCUAUUUAAUUUAAACUCAAUGAUUUAUUUAUACCGUCACAGCACAUAACAUGAAAUCAGAAGAUUAAAUUUAAGAAUGUAAUUUAUCGUGUUGUUGUUUUUUUUUAUUCUCACUUUUUGCCUCUUUUUCUAUUUUUUUGUACAGUUUUUUUUUUUUAUAUGAUUUCUGAAGAAUGUUUAAACAACAGUCUAAACAAGACGUCCGCCUCGUGCAGAGAUACAGUUGAAACAAGCUAAAUAUUUUCAUGCAGAAAAAAAUUAAAUACAAUAUUGGAGAAAUAAGAUUCCAAGGGAAAAAGUGAGAGCACAUGAUUUUGUAUAAAUAUUGGUGCUUUGUUGAAUAAAGUUUUCUCUUUUCAUAAA